CUUACGUCACAUUUGUGUUGGUUCCUUUACCAAAACAAGGAAGACAAACAUGGCGGACCUAAAUAUUUGUGACAAAAGGCUUUGUUUAUAUGCGUAUAUAAAUAAAUCAAAACUAAGUUGAAUUGUUAUUGUGCAAACAAGUGAUAACCAGUUAGUUGUAAGUGUUGUCAUUAAGUUAUUAUUAAACAUGGGUGGUAAACAGAGCACCAACACUCCUAGUCGUGUUCGAACUUAUUCUGGGUCACAUAACGGGGCUGGUCCCCAUUUGUCAGUGCCAGGCUCCCAUGGCGGAAAUAGGGCUCGAGCCCGGAGCCUCGGAAGUUAUGCAACAUCUGCGGCAGGGCUUCAUAUCCCUGUGGUCAGUAACGGAUCUGGGACAGGGGCUGUAGGGGGCACCCCAGAUUCAGACUCUAGCCCAGAAGAUCUCGGGCCUCUCUCAGUGGCACAUGCUCGUGGAUUACGGAAUAUAACUCAGUCACUUCCUGUUCAGUUGUUCGCAUUGCAUGGCAUCAAAUGCCCAGUUUGCUCCAAGUUUGUGCAGCCAGACGAUAUUGAAUGCCAUCUUGUAGUGUGCUUAACAAAACCUAGGAUAACUUAUAAUGAGGAUGUUUUGACAGAGAGCAAGGGGGAAUGUGUAAUAUGCUUCGAUGAGUUAGAUCAGGGAGACACCAUAGCCCGGUUACCUUGUCUAUGUAUUUAUCAUAAAGGGUGUAUUGACAAGUGGUUCGAGCGGAACAGAUCAUGUCCAGAACAUCCAACGGACUAGCGACAGAACUGGCGAUGACAAUAGCAAUGACUACUUGAACACGUUUGAACACUUGCAGCUUGCUCUACAGUCUCCACCAUGUGCUCGUAUUGCGCAAUCACCAUGUGCUCAUAUUGAGCAAUCACCAUGUGCUCGUAUUGCGCAAUCACCAUGUGCUCGUAUUGCGCAAUCACCAUGUGCUUGUAUUGCGCAAUCACCAUGUGCUUGUAUUGCGCAAUCACUGCACCAGUGGUUGGCCCAACAAACAUACACCUUAGCGUGCACUUGGUGGAAUUCAAGAUCAGAUCUUUGGGUGCUUUGCCAAGCUAAUUCUCCUUAUGGAAUCGUGCGAAUGCAUCAUGCUGAAUGUCAUAUUAAAUAUGUAGAGCCUUAAAGACUGAGAUUUGAUUAUCUCUUAUCGGCAACAGAUGAAUUGUUUUGGAAGUUGUAUUGUGUUUCUCAAGGUACAUUCUGUGUGAGAUUUCUGUGUUCUGAUAGCGUGUCACGUUCAAUCACAGUCCUGUUGACAAGAAAUGUAACAUUGCUGUUGUGAUAAACAUCGCAUGCCAUCUUUCCAUAAUAUCACGUAAUAUCAACUCUUCAUUAGGAGACGACAGCAGUUAACUGGACAUAUAAAAUGUACCAAGUUGUGGUAUGCAAGUUGACACAUGAGCGUGUUACAUCGAUGCCAAUGAUUCUGUGGCCAAUUACAUGUUACAGGACCCCACUUCAUGUUGAGCUUUAUGUCUUGCUACACAAAACGAGGGCACAGCAGUCUAUCAGUUCAAUUACCAGGACUGUAUCGUUGUGACUGGAUCACAACAAGUACAACAGGCCCAGUCUGAAAAGACACAAAGUGGCAUGAGACUGAUGAAAAUGGCCCAGUAGGGGAAGAGUAAGAGUCUUAUAUUUGUAGGAAAAAGUAAUGAAGAACCUAUUGAAUAUGGGCCCCACUCUCAGAAAAGGUGGCUUAAGGCAUGUGCGGGAAGUGUUGUCCCAUAUUAGCUUGUGCAGACUUCACAGGCUUAUCUGGGACUGCACUUUAUGCACAUGCAUGAAGCCCUAUUUUCCCAGAAUGCAUCUCAUGUUUUCAAUCUUGGGUGCCAUUUUUCAUGCAGGACCAUAAUUUGAAUGUUUGGCAUCUUCAGGGAUCAGCAUAUCUGAGUUGAUCUUUCAUUAUGCAUAUGUGCACAGAUUGGCUAUGAAAGGCUGCAAUUUCAAAGCUGCUAAUGUGGUCAGAACUUAAAGUUCUCCGUAAUAAUGAUAUGCAUUAUGGUUUGUAGAUUUUAGAAAACUUAUCUCAUAUAGAUUUUGCUAUUAAAUGUCCAUUUUGUCAUCAUUUUGCUCGAAAUCUUUGAAACUUAAUGAAGCCUCUGUCAUUGGUUUAGUGACAGAAAUAUGAUGAAAUAUUACCUUCAGUACACUGGUGGAUAUAAAUAUAAGCUGUGGAAAAAUGAGCAUGAAAGAAUGACUGGGAGUUGAAAGCUGUCAUUCUUAUUGCUAUUUGUGAAUAAUUGAGAGAACAAUGGUGCUUGGUCUUCUGAAAAUAAGUUCUGUGAACUGUACUGGAGAGUGUUGUCGCGCUUGGCUGCUGGCGGUUUAAUUUUAGCCUCAUUAUGACAAUACUGGGCUUAUUGCAUGUGCAUUAAGUGUUGUCACAGGUAAGCCUGCGCAGUCUACACAGGGACAACACUUUUUGCUUUUAUGGAAUUUAUAGGGACCUGUUCACAGUGUGGUAAAUUGACUAAAUUGAAAAAAGGUUGCAGUUUUUUAUUUUUCAAUGAAGUUUUGUUAUUUUUGAAGGAAACAAUAAUACUGAACAUAUAUCAUGCUCUAAAAUAUCCAUUGUAUGCAUCUUUUGACGCUUUAAAAACCUGAAAAUAAUAAAACGUUACAAACACAAAAUGAUUGAAUAAUAUGGAGAGUUCUGUUGGUAUCAUAAUACUUUGUGACACUGCCUGGAUUGUGUAUAUAAUGUAAAAAAUUCCAUAUAAUUAGUAUCAGCACGGAUGGCCGAGUAGUUUAAGCAUCAGACUUUUACUCAAAGGGUCAAUGGUUCAAGCCCAGGUUUGGAUAACUUUUUAACAAGCUUUUUAGUUCCAGUAUAAUCAAUUGAUUUUAUCAAUUUAAAGCUUCUAAUGACAAAUUUCAAAACACGCCAAAAUCUGUAAACAAGUCCAUUUAAAGGAAGUCUCUUCUAAAUCCAGUCUAUGUGAAAGUGUUGUCCUUGAUGAGCUUGUGGGGACUGCACAUUCUGGGACGACACUUUACGCACAUGCAGAAGUCCAUGUUGUCCAAAAUGCGGAUGCAAGUGUGUUUGUAGGGAGCACUGCAAUUGCCUCUCAUGUGAUACUGACACUGUAAAUAUGUGCUCAUUGUGAUAGUUCUGGGCAGUCUUUCCUAGGCAACCAACAACGUUAAUGGGGUUCUUAAAAAAGCUUGGAUUUUAAUGUUUUUUUGUGAGUUGGUGUUUUUCUUCAGAUUUUAGAUAUUUCUUUGGAAUAAGAAAAAUAUUCUUGUUUCUAUAGAACAUUAAUUUUUAAAAUUGGUUAGGUUAUGUAUAUUGAUAAAAUUAUGCCUCCCUCCGAAGAAAAGGGGAUAUAUUGCUCCGCAUUUGUCUGUCAGUCUGUAGGUCAGUCAGUCAGUGGGUUUUUGAGUCUUUAGACAUCUCCUUUCACUGGAUACUUUUGCAAUCAAGAGAUCCGAGGAGGUCAAUGCCACAUGAAUGACAUUGAGAGGGAAGGUAUACAUCAUACAUGUUUUACAAAAA